AUGCCUCACCUUCGGGCCGUGUCACAACAUCAAUGUAACUGUUUGACUUGUGGAUUCUGCGACAAAGAUAACAUUGAUGACAUCAAAUGUCCUCAGAAACACAGCCACCUGCCAAGUUGCAAGCGAUGCGUUCAUGGAUUUGCAAUGUUUCAAGAAAUGAAGACUGAUAUCCAACUCAAGGAAGACUCAGCAAAAGCAGCCGGCACAAGUCCCAUGGAACUGCAGAAACUUGACCAGCUCAAGUGCGACGUCGAGACUUGUAUCUCCAGCCUUCGAGAAUACAGAGGUCAUCUUGCCCAUCACACUUCAGAAGAAGAACAAGCAAUGGCUGAGUUGGAAAACUUGGAAGACGACACCGCCAUUGUCACUUCCGAUUACAAGAUGAAAAUUAUAUCUUGCUUUUAUCGAGAGAACCAAAGAAAAUGGAAGCAAGGUACUCCGAUGCUUGGGUUCAUGAUUGUAACAAAUUCAGAAGAUGCUUUAUUGAAGGAGAAGGGAGUCAAGGAUGUCUCGUUUGUAAUGCUGGCUACCAAUGAUGCCUGUCAGGACGAUUGGGCAGUAGCGUGCGCCAAGUCCUAUGUUUAUGAGAAUCACCUCUCAGAUCAUGUAAAGAAGACAAUUUUUGUUGCUGACGGAGCUGGAUGUUUCAAAUCGAAACUUCAUUGUGUAAUUCAACCUUUCUGGGAGCACUGGGUUAAUAUUAGGGUAAUCAGGUUUUGGCUCACUCCCGCGGGCGACGGAAAGACAAAUUUGGACGGAAUGUUUGGCAGGACGUCCAUUGUCUUAUCAACUGCCGUUGACAAUGGUGGACACUACUACAACUCGGACACCAUUUUGGAUUGCAUCGAACAAUCCAGGGGCCUAUCAUCAACUGUUUUUGCUGGAUACCUGCCAAGUCGAGAGAACCAACUUUCAAUUGAGCUUGCAAAGGGGGAGAGGUUCAGCUCCAGCAUCCUAACUACGGAUCUUCUUUGUCAAGACAUUCCAAACACUGGUAUCAACAAUGUAUUUUUGAUGGCUUUCAAGCAUACUGGUUAUGGAUCAGGAGAGCGCUUGUUCCAUUCAAAGUUUGUCUUUCACAUGCCAGAGGGAGAAACAGCGAGACUAGUGGACAUCUACGACACGGAGACCGGAUUGGACUUUGAUCUUGUUGAACUUUGCAAACCGUCUUGGACAAGCCUUCGGACUACCACCAAUGCAAAGCAAGAGAAGCAAUCCCAUCUGUCCAGACCAGGAGAAGGGCCAAACUCAAAGGUGGUCCGUUCUAAGAAUCAGCAGAAUUGGGCCAAGACAAAAAGCAAGAAGAUUCAAGAUACUGUCAAUGACAGAAGACAGCAGCAGAAGGAUUCUGGUCUGUUUCUGUGUGAUGAUAAGUGUCCAGAAACGGAAAGAUACUGUCGAAGGAUCUUUUUGUCAGAGAAAGGAUUGAGGACACACAAGGAAAAAGAUCAACAUGACUUUCCUGCUAUAAAUGCCAAAGAUUGGCUGCUUAUCAACACAAGCAAACCGGGUGGAACUUUUGAACUGGGAAGCAGGCCCAAUAGGCGCUCUUGCAAACUUUUUGAAGCAAUUUGUCUGGUUCAUGCGGACUCACCUCAUGUGGGUGCUGCCCAUUGUUAUCAAUGUUUCAACAGGCCCAAUACAGUUCUAUCUAAUCCAAAGACAGAUGGCCAAGUUUGUUUCCUGCUGCAAUGUUUUGGCCUAGAAGCAAAACUGAAUCCAAGUCAGACAAUGGCAAAGAUGAAGCUGGAGAUCGAUCCUGUGGACAAUGGUCUGAAGUUUUGUUCUUCCAAGGCUCACUUGCAAACCAAUGGAAGUGUCCUGAGCGAGGAGCAGAUUGGUUUGUGGCAGAGCCAGGAAGUGAAGAAACGAGAGAAUGCAUUCAGGCUUCACAGGGGAGCAACAACCAACGCGCAGAGGCCAGGAUUGCUAGAGAAGAGGAAGAAAGGGCCAGAAUUCAAGAACUUGUAG